AAAAGAACAUUUUGAGAAGAAUUGUUUCUAAGUUCUGAAGUCUCGUGACUAAUGAUUUUCUCUAGCAAAAUACAUCACUAGCCUUUCAGUGAUUCUGUCCAAAUUUUGUAAAUUAAAGCAAAACGCUGUGUUUCUCCGUUUUGCUUUAAAAAUUACAACAGCAGCAGGGAUUCCUCAAUAAUUAUUGGUGGUGGGCAUAAGGACUGCAGUACUAGAGGGAGGUGUGGUGGAAGAAGAUAAGGAAAGGGAGGGGUAAAAUUGGAUUUGUAAGUGAGGUGGCAUGCCACAUUAUAUUUAUUUUAUUAAUAUAUUAAUGUCAUGUAGGAUUGGGAUCAACUUGAAAUGUGAAGGGAUAUAUUUGAACCCAAAGUAUAACGAAGGAUAUAUUUAGCCCUUUUUUUAUAGUACAUGGUUAUAUUUGGCCCUUUUCCGUACUUAGAAAUACUUGAGGCAUCUACCUUUUUCAGGAGCAUUUGUACGCUCUUCAUUUCAUGUACAUUGCAAUUGAUGAUAAGAUAUUCCAAAUCCUAGUAUCUGUACAUUUGGGAACAAUUUCGCCUCAGUAACAUAAAACUUUUAAGCUCGAUAACAUCUUACAUCUUCAGUGCUUUUGAAUUUGAAGAUUCCCAGCCUUAUAAUUCAUAUCAAUGAUAUCAUGAUUUUGGUUCUGAUUUGUUCAGUUAGUUGCUGCUGCUUUGGUCCAAUCUGGGACUGAUUUGGUUCAUUUUUGUUUGUGAUUUGGUGUGGGUCUAGCGGGCUGCAGGCUUUAAAUGGCAGUCAGUACUAGUUGUAAUGGCUUUAAAUGGCAGUCGAUCAGUACUAGUUAUAAUUAUAAGUAGUUGGACUUCGCUUUCUAGUUUUCUGUAAUCAUAUAAAUUGAAACGUUCAAAGAAAAGAGCAAGUAGCAUUGUCUUCUUAUUGGUUGAUUGUUAUCCACUCCUGUUCCAUCACCCCCCCCCCCCCCCCAAUAAAUUGGAGUUGUGGCAUUAUCUUCUUAUUCUAUUGUACGUGAAAAGUUGAUAUUCCCUAUUCUAUUGUACGUGACAUUAUCUUCUUAUUUGUUUUGAUUUGUAGUGGGUAUAUGGCACCAGAGUAUGCAAUGCACGAAAAAUUUUCAGUCAAAUCAGAUGUUUUUAGCUUUGGAGUACUAAUCUUGGAAAUUAUAAGCAGCCAAAGAAACACUUGUUCCAAAAAAGAAGAUUAUGUGAAAGACCUUGUGAGUUAUGCUUGGUCGAACUGGCGUGAAAGAACAAUUACAAUUUUGAUAGACCCCAUGCUAAGGGGAAGCACAGGACCGAAUCGUGACAUAAUGAGAUACAUCCACAUAGCUUUAUUGUGCAUUCAAGAUAAUGUUGCUAAUAGACCAAACAUGAGUGCAGUACUUCUCAUGCUCAGUGGCCACUCUCCGAAUCUUCCAAUGCCACACAACGAUGUAAACCCACAGAUUUCAAGAAUGUCAGGGUCAAGCAAACUAACUGAAAGUAAAUUAAUUUCUUCAUCAGGAAGUGAGGUGUGGAUAACUGAGUUGUAUCCUCGAUAAAAUCCUUAGACACAAUGCAAACAAGCUAUACGCAAACACAUGUCAUGUAUUUAUUGGUUUAGUGUAAAUACUGAGUGAGAUUAAGUUUUUACCCCUUUGUAUCCCCAGUAAUAUCCUUAAAUAUAAUGCUAUAAGUUUAUAUGCAAACACAUGUCAUGCAUUUAUUGACUAGAUAUAAACACCGGAUGCAGAUAAGUUUCU